AUGGCCGCUGCAGAAUACCAGCUGUGCUGUGACUUCGAGUCAAACUAUCCUGAAGUUGUCAUAAGAGUGGGAAAAAUAACAUUUGGUGAAGAACAAAGAAAUAUUAAGGACAGGAUUAAAGAAACUGAAGCAAAUGACCUAGAAGAGAAAUUAAAAAGUCAAGCAACGUAUCUCAACCAAGCAGCCUGUGCCUUACUCAACUCAGGGGGAGGAGUGAUAAGAGCCGAAAUUGAGAAUGAAGACUAUUCCUAUAAGCAGCACAGGAUUGGACUGGACAUAGAAGAUUCCUUUCGGGACUGUAUUCAGCACAAAGACUUCUCUGCCUAUUUUGACUUUAAACAGGAAGAGUCAUGCAUGUCGAUCUUUGUGAAAUCAUGGAGCAGCGAAAACUCGGCAUACCCACGUGUUUGCUGCCUGAACAUGGGAUUGUAUGAGCGGUCCACUUCAUCAACAGUGAAAAUGAAACCCACAAAUGCCGUGCAUUUUCUCAAAAGGAAGAAAGAUGAUGCCAAGAGAGGUUCUGGGUGGCAGGCAGGACCAGUCCCUGCAAUUGUUCAAAAAUGUUUGUGGCAAUCCGGCGUGCAAAUGGAAAAAGACAUUCAUUAUGCUGUCGAUCAGUUUUUUGAACGAGAACGACUGGACUUGGGAGAGAUCCUGGAUUUCACUGAGUCGACAACGGUUGAGUUUAAGGCCUUUCCAAGAGAUAAGGACAACUAUGAGUUUGUCAGAAACAUCCUACCACGCUACGCCUCUGCCUUUGCCAACACAAAAGGAGGAUACUUGAUUUUUGGUGUGGACAAUCACCGCAGAGUUGUUGGAUGUAAACGAAAUAUAGAUCCAUCCCGGUUUGAAGAGGUAGUCGGUGAAACGGUUGGCACAUUGCCUGUCUUCCACUUCUGCGCUUCUGAGGAAAAAGUAAAGUUUUCAUGCAAAGCCUUGCCUGUUUAUGAUAUCAGUGAAAGCGGAGAGGAAAAGGAACAUGGUUAUGUCUUUGCAGUGAGAAUUGAGCCAUCCUGCUGCAUUGUUUUUGAGAGAACACCAGAUUCGUGGAUCAUGGAGGCUGGUGAGGUGAAGAGGUUGACGUACACUGAAUGGAUCGUACUGAUGACAGAGGAAGACCCAGAUGUGUCACAUUUUGCUGACGGUUUCCAGAUUGAAUUGAGCAGGUCCUGUAGGCCCCCACUCAGCAAAUCAGUGUAUUCUAACAGAGGCCUCACCUGCGUGAAGACUCUUCAAAGCACUUUAUUCCCAGUAAAUCCAGAUGGGAUAACCUGUAAGCCAGAGGAAAUUUGCGAAGAGGUUUUCUUGGAAUAUCCCAGAGUGAAAGAUGUCAUAAUGAAGAAAAUGGAGGAAGUAUCUUCUGUGGGAAUCUUGAUAUUUUCAAGAAGCUGGGCAGUGGAUGUUGGGCUGGAGAAGCAUUCACAGGUUGCCUGUGAUAUCCUCUUAGUCGCUGCACAUUCAUUCCCAACUCUAUACACAGUUACUAUGGAAAAGGGUUACCGGUAUUCUGUCUCUUCAACAAUCCCUGUGGUGGAAUAUUCAAGGAACGUUGCCUGUACACUAAAGCAGAAACUGGUGAAUGAAGGGGGAUACGCUCAGAAAGUGUGUGUGAUUCCACAUGUCAUUGUGCUUGGAUCCAAUGGAGAGAUAAAGACCGAUUUGAGUUGGCCAGUCAUGUACCCUCCUGUCUAUCUGGUCUCCAGGGAUGGUUUAGAAGAACUGUUGCAAGCACUUGUGAUUGCCUUAUUAAGGUUUAGGUCUUUCUUAAGCGACCAGAUUGGCUGUGAAUUUCUCAACCUUCUCACCAUUAAACAAUAUGAGAUCCUAACCAAGAAUCUGCAUAAAAGCAAGAAGUUGUUUAUCUACGGCCUUCCAGGAUCAGGGAAAACUGUUGUGGCCUUGCAGAUCAUAGAGAAGAUCAUGAACACUUUCCACUGUAAUUCUGGGGAGAUCCUUUACAUUUGUGAAAACAUCCCUCUGUGUAAGACUGUGAGAGUGGGGAACAUGUGCCAGACUGUGACACGGAUCAACUUUUUAAAGGGGGCCUACUCUCAACCAGUGAAGCACAUUGUAAUUGACGAGGCCCAGAGUUUCCAGUUAACAGAUGGGGAUUGGUUUGGCGAAGCUGUGAAGCUUACUGAAGUGGAUCCUCAUAAGCCGGGUGUUUUAUGGAUCUUCUUGGAUUAUCUACAAACAAGCCACACUCAUGUUUCCGGCCUCCCAGACCCAUCUAAGCAGGAGCCUCAGGAGUGGCUGACCACAGGGGUCCGGAAUGCCACCCAAGUAUACAAUGUCAUGAUGCACAUAACGAAAAUGAUAGCCAGUGACAGGCCUGAACGUCUUAAAGAAGUGGUUGACUUAGCUUGUCAAAAUGGUUCCAAACUUAAUAUUCCCUAUGAACAAUUAAAUAGACUUGUAGAUGAAGCUCACUGUGGUCACUCUCUACAAGGCGUUUUUGACAUACACUCAUUGAAAGGCAAACAUCAAAUAAUAACUCAGGUGAUCCACAAAUGUCUCAAGUAUUUUGAAAAAGGUUAUUCUGUGAAAAACAUUGCUAUUCUGUGCAACAAUGUAGAAGAAAGGGGUAUCUAUACAUUUUUAUUAAAACAUGAAAUGAGAUGGUUAAGACCGAAUAUACGUUUCACAACAGCGGACAUGGUAGAGGAAAACGGGAUUGUUGUCGACACCAUUCACCAUUUUUCAGGUCUUGAGAGAAACAUCGUGUUUGCUGUGUUUCCAUAUUCUGAAAGCGCAUUCCUCAUUCCCCACCUGUUAGUCUGUAUGGUGUCCAGAGCCAAUUUACAUUGUCAUAUUCUGUUAGAGCAGUCAAAAUGUUUCUGCUAUUUUGUUUCUCAAAACAUCCGUUUGGACUAUAAACUGGCACAGAAGCAGCAUUUGAUGCAGAUAAUCACAGAUUGCGAAGACUCAGAUUAUGCCUGGAGGCCAAUCCGCGUCGGGAUUCCGACAGUGGGCGCGGCCUUCUGCCGCGAGGAUGCUUCGGCCACGCCCCUCGGCGCCUGUCGCUCGGGCUUCCGGACGGGGCGUUCCUGGCGGGUCCAGCUGGAGGAGAAGGAAGGCGGCUCUGCUCAGAAUCGGCCGAGCUGUUCCGCGAUUGCCGGGAAGGAGAUUUUGUGCUGA